AUGACUGUGCUUAAGCUUUUGGCGUUGUGUACGAUGUGUGUGGCCGGCUGUUCGGCACUGUCGUUGGUGGUGUCGCAGGAACAGAGCUACUUUUUCGGCACUAAACCCGCGGAUAAUUUGCUGUGCUACACGAAAACCAUCUCGAAAGGAUCAGCAUUACCAGCGUCGAUUAGCUACACCAAUGCGAACGACAAGAAUAUCAACUUUGUGACGAUGAACGCGGACAAGUACUCGGUGCUUGGGUACACGGUGGACAAAACAGACGGUCAGCUCGGUACGCCUGCGAUUGGGUAUAGAAUAAAUGGACCUAGUCCGCUGACGUACGCGAUCACGAUCAAUAUGUACUGUGCCCCUUAA